AUGUCACACAUACAACUUAAAGAAUUACAUGACUCUAGUUAAAUUUUAAACAAACUUAAACCAAUUCUAAAGAAUAAUAAUAACAAUUAUUUAACUACUCAAACAAGAAUAGAUAAUGCUGGAAAUCUAAUUGUUAAAGGAGGUAAUCAUAAAAUUGGAUUCUUACCAAUCUCAAAUGAAAAAUCUCCUAAUGUUGUUACUUCUAGCAAUAUUCAAAUCAAUAGUGACUCUUCCGAAUCAGAUGAAGAUACUAUACAAAAUAAUAUCAAUUAAAAUAGAUAACCCAUUCAAAAUUUAAAAGGAAAAAAGUGUCAAAAUACCUAAACACUCAUUGUAGAUCAAUCUAAAUGUUGUAUAAUAUUUUGA